AUGCCAUUAUUUGUUGCUCAAUACCCUGUUGGAAUAAAUACUCGCGCAGAGGCCAUAAUAUUGCAAUUAGAAAUUGGGUCAAAUGAUGUUCGUAUGUUAGGUAUGUAUGGCCCCGGUGGAGUGGGUAAAACAACCAUUGCAAAAGCUGUUUAUAACAAAAUAUUAGAUCAUUUCGAAGGAAGCAGCUUUUUGGAAAAUGUUAGAGACAAGUCAGGGACAUUUGAUGGCAUUAUCCAACUACAAGAGAUACUUCUUCGUGAGAGCCUACGGAUGAAUGGACAACUAAAGGUGUGCAAUGAAUCGAAAGGAACCAUUGCGAUAAAGAACAUACAUCACAAUAAAAGAAUUCUUCUAAUUCUUGAUGAUGUGGAUAAAUUUUACCAAAUAGAAAGAUUGAUUGGAGGAUUUGAUUGGCUUGGUUCUGGAAGUCGAAUAAUUAUAACAACAAGAAAUAAACAUUUCUUACAAACUUUAAGAAUACAUCAUUCGACUUAUGAGCUUAAGGAAUUAGAUGAUCAUGAAGCUCUUGAACUAUUUAGUAUGCAUGCCUUUCAUAAAAACAAACCCGAGGAAGAUUAUAUAAAACUUACUGAUCAAGUUAUAUGUUAUGCCAAGGGCCUUCCAUUAGCUCUAUCAAUAAUUGGUGCAAAUUUGCAUGGAAGAAGUGAAAUGGAAUGGAAAAGUGCAUUAGAUAAGUAUAAAAUGAUUCCUGACAGAGAUAUUCAAAAAGUACUCCAAGUAAGUUAUCAAGGAUUGGAUGAAACGGAGCAAGAUAUUUUUCUCGAUCUUGCAUGUUUCUUCAAGGGUCUUUACAAGGAUUAUGUUAUAGAUAUACUAAAUUCUUGCAAUCUAUAUCCAAUUAUUGGUAUUAAAAAUCUUAUAGAUAAGUGUCUCGUAACUGUUGAUCAAUUUAAAAAAUUAUGGAUGCAUGACUUGCUACAACAAAUGGGUAGAGAGAUUGUUCGACAAGAAUCACCACAAAUACUUGGAUUGCGUAGCAGACUAUGGUGUUAUAAGGAUGCUUUUGAAGUACUAAUGGAAAAUAAGGGAUCUGAUAACAUUCGAGGCAUAACAAUAAUCUCGCCUGAACCAACAGAGUUGCAACUAAAAGCUAACUGUUUUGAGAAGAUGGGAAAUCUCAAGUUCCUUUUGGUUAGUAAUGUUGAUACUUGUGGAGAUCUUGAAUAUCUUCCCAGUGGAUUAAGGGUGCUUGAUUGGUCUAGAUUUCCUUCAUCUUCCCUACCAUCCAAUUUUCGUCCUCACAACCUUGUUGUACUUAACAUGCCACAAAGUCCCGUUAUAUUGGACAAGAUUUUCGAGGCUUGGAUCUCGGGGGGUUGCUUUAAACUUCGAAUUCUUCCAAGCUGCAUCUCAAUGAAGUCUCUUAAACUUUUAAGUCUUUUUCGGUGCGAAAGGGUUAACAGGUUGCCCGAUAUUCCACAAGAAAUGAAAAAUUUAAAGUAUCUAUGUUUGGCACACACUUCCAUUAGAGAGCUUCCUCCAUCAUUUAGGAAUCUCACUGGGCUUGAGCAAUUAGAUUUUGGUUCUUUCAAUUUGUGCCAUCUUCCAAGAAGCCUCGAUCAAUUGCAACAGCUUCGCAUACUCAGGCUUCAUGAUUAUGACCAUUUGCAACAAUAUUUGUCAAAUUAUGGUUUUCUAAGGUUGAAUUUUCUACAAAAGUUGACUUCUUGUUAUACCCCCUCAAAGAAUUGUUCAUUAUUGGGGAGUGAAGAUUUGAGCCUCCAAGAAAGCAUUGUCAAAUUCAAUAGAUUACAAUUGCUUCAGAUUAGGGAUUCCAAGUUACUUCAGAAAAUUCCAAAGCUUCUAGAAAGUAUAAGAGAAGUAUGGGCAAUAAAUUGCAUCUCAUUGAAUUCAGAAUCAGUAAGAGAAUUAUUCCUUCAGCUUAGAAGAAAGUUAGAGCUUCCACAAAAUACAAAAUAUGGAGACAACAUAUUAAUGGAUUCUUAUUCACGUUGCAAAUUAUCGCAUCAGAUUGAUUACUCUUCCAAGAUUGGUUGCUCUUCCAAGAUUGAUUACUCCCUCUCCCUCUUCAAGCCCUCACGCACUCUACAUGAGUUUCUGAUGAAUUCUAUAAGGGAUUAUAGAGAGUCAUAUAAUAUUAUAGUAACAGGAAAGAAGAUUCCAAAGUGGUUCAACCAUCAAAGUAUUGAAAGUUCCAUAUCAUUUUGGAUUGGUCCUAAAUUUCCAACCAUUGCGGUUUGUUUGGCUUUUCAUCUAGUUCCAUUGAAGGAUAGUUAUGCUAAUAAUGAUAAGUAUGGUUCUAUUCGUGAUGAUGUAAUCUGUUGGGAUUGUGAUGUCAACGUUUUCACCAACGGUCAUACGCAACCUUUCACGAUGGGGGUGGACUUUUAUGAUCUGAAGUGUGAUCAUUUGUGGUUUUGCAGUGUUUCUCAUAGCCAAUUACAACAGUAUUUCAGAAACAUGAUGCAAGGUGAUCAGAAUCUUGUUGAGGUUUCAUGUAAAAUCUCUUGGUGGAGUAGUAGAAAUGGAAAAUUCGCUCCUGUGAUUGCAAGGAUGGGGGUACAUGCAGAAUGCAUUUGUCAUCCUCCAAAUUCUGUUAUCAUUGAUGACAACUCUCAAAAUGUUGAUGACAACUCUAACUACUCUGAAAAUGUUGAUGAUAGCUCUGAUGACAAUUGACACAGAGCUUGCACCUUUACUAUCUUCUUUCUCCACUUCUAGUGGGACCAUCUUCAGUGCAUUCAAGCAAUGAUGGCUGUGAUUUGGUUUUGUCAUCAAUUGCCCAUAUGAUUCAAAUGGGUCUGACUUGGUUUUGGGAUUUGACUCAACUGUUGGAGUUGGGUUUGAUUUGGCUUCCGCUACAAUGGCCAAUCAAUCUGCAAACUAUGAUUUUGGCUUUAACCCAUAUCCAUAGUAGAAGAAAAU